GAACUCAAGUGCACAAGCCUCCCUAACUCCAGUCUCUGCCAUCCGCAGUCACCAGACGAGGGAAGAGAAGCUUAGGCAGGGCUGGUCCAGGUCCCACAGUGCAAGGUGGGAGGCGAGGCCCAAAGCCUGCGAUGCUGCUGACGUGGGAGUCACACCCCUGGCGGUGCCAUCACAGGCCCUGGCUGUCCAACACCAGCACCCAGUGGGGACGAGAGGCUGUGUGGAGGGUGCUCGGCCUCCCAGAGCAUCUCUUCUAGGAACACAUUUUCAUAGACAAUUAUAUCAAGGGUUCCUUCUAAAACUAGUCAGUGGGGGAUCAAUUACGUGUGACAGAGACAUGGGCUGUCAUUUGAUGCCUAAUUGAAGGGAUAAUCAGACCUCAUCCUGGUGGGAGGCACAGGGAUGUCGGUGGCAGCAGCUGUGCUGGGGGAUGUCCAGCUCCAGGAGUCUUAUUGGGACCAGGAACUCAACCCGAGUCGACACCUCCUCUCUCCACACCUGUCCCCACACAUCCUGCCUUCCCUCAGGGCUCCUCAUGUUGGCCUACCCCUUCCUGAAGGAUCAGCUCAACCUGGACCACAUCCUGCCUACACUAGGGAGCCUGAGGAUCCACCCCCAUCCAGGGCCAGAUCAUGGGGAGGGAAGAUCCAGCACUAAUGGCAAUAAAGAGGGAGCCCGCAGCAGCCUGUCCACCGUGAGCAGGACCCUGGAGAAGCUGAAGCCAGGAGGCCGGGGGGCUGGGGAGGGCUGAGGUGUAAGGGUCUGCCCCUUCCAGCCCACCACCCUCCUGGGGUCUAAACCAGAGGUGAGCCAGGCCCUGGAGACACCAGACCUACAUUCGCGGGGACCAAGGCUCAGGAGACGGAUUCCACGUGGCUCUGCUUCAGUCCUGGCCUGAAGCAAGGUGUCGCUGGUUCCCCAGGGGGAACCUCUUGUUUCAGGUUCUUGACCUGGGUUUUCUUUCUGGAUUGCAGCUCCACUUCCUUCCCUUUUUUAUCUACUGACUACUUUCUCUGGAAUUUGGGGCCCAGGGACACCCGUCCCUUACUUCAGCCUGGCUAGAGAAGUGAAGCACAGGCCUGCAGGAACCAUGCGUAGAACUCUAGCUAAGCCCCUCAGUCCCUAAGACCGGGAUCUGGGUCUCUAGAACUUAGCAGAUUCUUUUCACAAUAUCAAAAACUUUUCAGAAUAUCAGCAUAUUCAUUUCAGAAUUUCAAAACCAACAGCAACUCCUCGGUGAUACACCCCAGGCAACAGUGAACCAGACAGGGACAGAGCCUUGAGGGGCUCCUGGUCCCCCAGCAGACCAAAUGGUCAUUGCCAGGACAGCAGCCCAGGUGAGGCUGGAACCUGGAGGCUUCCGGGAGGAGGUGGCUCCUGAGCAGAACGCUGCCCUGAGACACUUGGUGUUUGACUCCACCAUUCAAGGCUUUUUGUGAUCUGGCUCCAAGGGAGACCUCCAGCUUUCCCUUUUCUUCCCAACCUACUCAUUGUUCCUGAACAAUCGAGACUCCCAGUCUCCAAGUUUUGCCUUGUGUUCCUCUGGAGGCUCUCUCCCUGCCCCCCACUCCUCUCUGCCUAUCAAGACUCUUCGCCUUUAGAGGCCCAUUCCAAGAACACCCUUAAUCACACGCCCUCUCAUCCUCUUCUGCCACCUGUGUCCCCUUCUCUUGACCCCCCUAGGGAGGUUGAAGUUGUCUUUGUCACAAAAUAAAUA